UCAAAGUCGCAGGGCGGGCCGAGUGGACUUCCGCUGCUUGGCCCGGGCUUCUCGGCAGUCCUGCAGUCGCUCGCCGCUCCGCCAAGGACGCCGCCACCCGGCUGCCCGCCAGCUCUCUCGGCGCUCUCCUGAGUGGCCCCACACGACCCCGAGUGACCCGCGGGACGCCUGUACAUCCCUGGUCCCACCUGGCUGGGAUUCGGGUGAACGCGGGACAGAAUUCACCUGGCGGGUCCCCAGCAAACCUGAAAUCUUGUGUCUCGCUUGAGCGAGGGACUCGGCUGGGACUCGGGAGAAGGAGGUGCGGCGGGGCUGUUGACGCCACGUGAGUAGGAUGCUGAUUACACCGCUCAACUGGUAGACAACCUCCGAAGCGUUGCUUUAGAUUUGUUUUCCCGCACAACGAGCUUUGUGCCUUUUUAGGAAAAGUAAAGGUGGUGAAAGCGUCAAACAAAUUGUAUCCAAAUGGCCACAGAAAUCGACUUUCUGCGAGAUCAGAAUCAAAGGCUAAACGAAGUUCUUAGACGGUAUCAAAUGGAAAAUUUUUUCAAAUAUUCAUCGGUACAGAAAUCUGUCUUCAAAGGAGUUGCAGGUGACACAGUAGAAAACUCAGUAGUUGACCAAAGCUUUUUAGUUCCUCUUAUUACUGAGUAUGAUAAGCAUCUGGAAGAGCUAAAUGGGCAGCUGAAAUAUUAUCAGAAACAGAUGGGUGAGAUGAAACUACAACUUGAAAAUGUCAUCAAGGAAAAUGAAAGGUUGCACAGUGAAUUAAAAGAUGCUGUUGAAAAGCAAUUGGAAGCCAUUCCCUUUGGCACAGAGAUGGGAAAUGAGAUAUGUACAGAUGAUGAAACAGUCAGGAAUCUUCAAGAACAACUACAACUGGCCAAUCAAGAAAAAACUCAGGCUGUAGAACUCUGGCAGACUGUUUCUCAGGAGCUGGACAGACUACAGAAACUUUACCAGGAACAUAUGACUGAGGCCCAGAUUCAUGUAGUUGAAAGUCAAAAACAAAAGGAUCAGCUGACCAAUUUUCAACAACUGACCAAGCAACUUCAUGUAACUAAUGAGACCACAGAAAUGACUAAUCAACACUUUUUGAAAACAGUAACUGAACAAAAUGUGGAAAUCGAGCAACUCCGAAAACAACUUAGGCAAGCCAAGUUAGAUCUGAGAGUUGCAGCAGCAAAAGUGGAAGAGUUAACUAAAGUGACGGAAGAUCUUCAAGGACAGAUGCAAAAGAAGGAGGAGGAUAUGGUGUCUGCCCAAGGAAGAGAGGAAGCAUCAGAUAGGCGCUUACAGCAAUUACAAUCUAGUAUAAAACAAUCAGAAACAAGGUUAUGUGUGACAAUCCAAGAAGCUACCCAAUUAAGAGCAGAAAAAAUACAUUUGGAAAAACAGACCAGAGACUUACAAGCAAAGUGCUAUGAAUUAGAAAAUGAGAAAUACGAAGCUAUUGUAAGAGCCAGAAAUAGCAUGCAACUCCUGGAAGAAGCUAACCUUCAAAAAAAUCGGGCUCUGCUUGAGGAGAAGCAAAAAGAAGAAGAUAUAGAGAAAAUGAAAGAAACCGUUUCUCGGCUUGUGCAAGAUGCUGCCAUAAGAACCAGGAAGGAAGUUGCAAAUACAAGAAAACAAUAUAAUGUACAGAUUUCUCGACUAACAGAAGAACUUUCAGCCCUUCAAAUGGAGUGUGCUGAAAAACAAGGCCAAAUUGAACGAGGCAUUAGGGAGAAAAAAGCAGUGGAAGAAGAACUAGAAAAGAUUUACCUUGAAGGCAGAAUAAAUGAAAAUGAUUACAGAAAACUAGAAGAAAUGCACCAAAGAUGCCUGGUUGCAGAACGUUCAAAAGAUGAUCUUCAGCUAAGACUUAAGACAGCAGAAAAUAAAAUCAAACAACUUGAAAUAAAUUCCUCGGAAGAGAUAUCACGUUGCCAAGAAAUGAUUCAGAAACUUCAAAAUGUAUUGGAGUCUGAGAGAGAGAACUGUGGAUUUGUCAGUGAACAAAGGCUGAAACUUCAGCAGGAAAAUGAACAGUUACAGAAACAGACUGAGGAUUUAAGAAAGAUUGCUCUCGAGGCUCAAAAAAAAGCCAAAUUAAAGAUCAGUACGAUGGAGCAUGAAUUUUCAAUAAAGGAACAUGGGUUUGAAGUUCAGUUAAGAGAGAUGGAAGACAGUAAUCGAAAUUCCACGGUUGAACUGAGGCAUCUCUUAGCCACUCAGCAGAAGGCAGCCUGUAGGUGGAAAGAAGAAAUGAAGAAACUCACUGAGAGUGCGGAAAUUAGAAUCAGUAGUCUAAAGAGUGAGCUGAAUCGACAGAAACUUCAUACCCAAGAGCUGCUUUCUCAGCUGGAAAUGGCAAAUGAAAAGGUAGUUGAGAAUGAAAAGUUGAUUCUAGAGCAUCAAGAAAAAUCCAACAGACUUCAGAAACGACUGAGUGAGGCGGAACAGAGGGCUGCUUCAGCCUCCCAGCAGCUCAGUGCGAUUACAGUACAGAGAAGAAAAGCAGCCUCCAUGAUGAAUCUGGAAAAUAUUUAAAAAUAUUCAUAGUUCACUCACAGAACUUUAUACUUGGGAAAGCUGUUGGACUAGAAGUUUAUUAAAAUGGUAAAACCUGCAUAGAAUGGUUAAGGCUUGCGUCGUUUUGCAUAAGCAUUUUCCAUUCUGUUUUGAGGGUUAUUGGAAAACAGAACAGCUUCCUGUAAGUAAAGAAAAGGUAAUCCUAUAUUGAGCUUCAGUAGAGAAUAAAGCCAGCUGGGAAGAACUCAUUGCCUUCAUCAACGUGUCUAUUUUUUAAUUCCUCCUUUUUCCCUUGGAAGAGCGUAACAGUUUUCAAACUAUGCUAAUCAUGAGAAAGAGUUUUAAGAAAUUGCUUGAAUUUUAAUAUUUCAGGUUCCAGAAUUUGAGAAUUUUACAUCUGUUACUCGUAACUCAUUUUUAAAGUUCCCAAGUAUCCGUUUUAUUAUUAACUCACAUGUAAUAAAUUAUGCACUUUCUAAAAUGAUGCUGUCAUGUAUUUUAUUUAUUUUUUUUAAUUAUAAAUUUAUUUAUUUUUUACUUAUUUGGUUGCAUUGGGUCUUCGUUGCUGCACGCAGGCUUUCUCUAGUUGCAGCUAGCGAGGGCUACUCUGCCGUGCGCAGGCUUCUCGUUGCAGUGGCUUCUCUUGUUGCAGAGCAUGGGCUCUAGGCGCACGGGCUUCAGUAGUUGCGGUGCGUGGGCUCAG